AUGGUCAAGACGAUUUUCGGAGGAUUUCCCCUCUCAGACCAAGCAUACUUCAACACCCAUGAACAGCGCACUGAGGUCAUUGAGGUCCUAAUCAAGAACGGCGUCAAGAACAUUGACACAGCACGCAUAUACCCCGGAUCCCAAGAGGCCAUUGGCAAGCUCGAGAAGCGCAAGGAAUUUACCAUCGAUACCAAACUGCCCGGCGGCUUCGGUCCUGGCACUGCCACAAAGGAAAAUGUCAUCAAGGACGCCCAAGACUCGCUGGACACGGUGAACAUUGAGCAAUUCGACAUCCUCUACAUCCACGCCCCAGACCCAUCGAUUCCCUUUGAGGAAACCCUCGAGGGAAUCAACGAAGCCUACAAAAAAGGCAUCUUCCGCCGCUUUGGCCUGAGUAACUUUAGCGCUGAGCAGGUGCAGCAAGUCUACGACAUUGCAAAGGCAAAGGGAUACCCUCUGCCAUCUGUCUACCAAGGAAACUACAACCCCGUCGCCCGCCACCUCGAGACUCAGCUCUUCCCCACUCUGCGCAAGCUCGGCAUCCACUUUUAUGCCUACUCGCCUCUCGCCGGCGGCUUCCUAACCAAGACACCCGCAGACCUCGACUCCGGCGCAGGCCGCUUCAACAAGGAGGCCCUCGGCGGCCUCUACUCCACCCUCUACAACAAGGAGCCCAUCCGCAAUGCGCUAUCCAAGUGGAACGAUCUCGCCGAAAAGGAGGGCGUCUCCAAAGCCGAGCUUGCGUACCGAUGGGUUGCGUUUCACAGCGCGCUGCAGGGCGACGACGACGGUGUCAUCUUCGGAGCUAGCAAGCUGCCGCAGGUGGAGCAGACGGCCCAAUGGCUCAAGAAGGGAAAGCUGAGCAGCGAAGCGACCAAGGGCAUUGAUGAGGUUUGGGAGAGCGUCAAGGAAGUUGCGCCUGUUGACAAUUAUCACAGCAGGGGGUAA